AUGGUGGUGCCCAUCACCCUGCGCCUGGGGCGUCAGUGGGAGCAGGAGGGACAGAGCUGGUGGCAGCUGCUCCUGGCACUUAGUAUGUGCCCAGCUACUGUUGAAGGGGGAAAUGUGGUGCCCUCAAAACGUGGGUUUGACACCUGCCUCAGGAAGAUAAUCACUUUUCUCAGAGGUACUCUGCUGGGAAUUAUUCUUUGCAGCAUCCUGUGGGCAGAAACUACUCUGCCUCGAUAUUCUUUUGCUUGUUUUCCAGCAACAAAAGGAUCCAAAAAACCCACAGCACAACUACAUAGUUGAGGCACAUAAGGCUUUUGGGAUACAGAUGAAGCAGGGGCAGAUGACAGCAGUAACAGUAUUGAAAUUGAGUUUAAUGUUCCCUUUGAAAUCGGUGGCAAGAUAACAGAAGAAAGUUACGAAUAUCGCAAAUACGGACAAGCGCUGGAGAAGAUGCUAGGGGACGUGUUUGAAGAGAAUGCUUAA